AUGACGGAACCUAGUGUAAUUGAAGAAUGGAAACGAACAAAGACAAUAGGUAUUAUAGGUAUGGGCGACAUGGGCCAAUUGUAUGCUGAAAAAUUCGCACAUCAUGGAUGGAAGGUAGUUUGCUGUGACAGAGAAGAAAGGUUCGAAGAGUUGCUGGAGACUUCUAAGCAUCAAAAAUACACGGUUCUCAGAAAUGGACAUUUGGUUUCCAGAGUCAGUGAUUACAUUAUCUACAGUGUAGAGGCGGAGAUCAUCGACAAGAUCGUAAAAGAAUACAGUCCGUCCACGAAAAUAGGAAGCAUUGUUGGCGGUCAAACCAGCUGUAAAAGCCCGGAGAUUAAAGCAUUUGAAAAAUAUCUACCUCCCGAUGUGGACAUCGUUUCUGUACAUUCCUUACACGGACCACGAGUGGACCCUGAAGGUCAGCCACUUGUUUUAAUCAAACACAGAUGCCAUGACAAAGAGUCAUUCCCCCUCGUAGAGGCGGUAGUAUCGUCUCUCAAGAGCAAACACGUUUAUCUCACAUACGAGGAACACGAUAGAAUUACGGCGGAUACUCAGGCCGUGACACACGCAGCAUUUUUAAGCAUGGGCGUUGCUUGGUACAAAAAACAGCUGUACCCAUGGACCAUUGGUGUCAACAGAUGGUAUGGUGGAUUUGAAAAUGUCAAAGUCAACAUAUCACUGCGAAUUUUUUCUAAUAAAUGGCAUGUCUAUGCUGGAUUGGCAAUCACCAACCCGGCGGCUCACGAGCAGAUCAUGCAAUAUGCGAAGAGCGCUACUGAAUUGUACGCGCUUUUUGUACAAAACAAAAAGGAGGAGUUGAAAGAAAGGCUUUAUGCGGCAAAAACGUUUGUGUUUGGGAAACAAACGGGACUUCUCCUACUGGACGACUCGAUUUUAGAGGGAUAUUCCCUUAGCAAACAUGUUCCACAAGAAGGCGAAGAAACGCUUCCAAACUCACAUCUAUCGCUGUUGGCAAUCGUAGACAGCUGGCACCAGCUUCGAAUCAAUCCUUAUGACCAUAUAAUAUGCUCCACGCCGUUGUUUAGAAUUUUUCUGGGCGUGACGGAGUACCUUUUCAUGACACCAGAUUUGCUGGAAACAACGAUUGGAGCAGCGAUCAAUGAAACUGCGUUCCGCGCCGACGAUUUGGAGUUUGUGAUCGCCGCCCGUUCAUGGAGCUCAAUUGUAUCGUUUGAGAGCUAUGAUUUGUACAGACGUCAGUUCAAAGAGGUACAGGAUUUUUUUAAGCCAAUGCUACCAGAGGCUAACAAAAUUGGAAAUGAAAUGAUAAAGACCAUUUUGCGCCAUUCUGACAGGAAAAAUAGUUCAUAA